AUGAGCAUCCUCUCCGACGCAGGCAGCAGGGAACCGGAGAUCAAAUAUCUUGUCGAAGAUCUGUGUGAGACGUUUCAAGACGGUAUUGUAAUCUAUGAUGAGCGCGUGCGGCAUCUGGCGAUAGGACAGGAUGGAAAGAGGGCGGAAGAACUUAGGGAAAGUUUCGAGAGGGGACAUCAAGAACUGGGACGAGCGUAUCGCAAUUAUUAUAGGCAGGCUGGGAAGCAUUUUGCGUAUGGCGACUCUGAUAUUCAGAGCGAGCUCGCCAAUCACCUCCAUAUCCUCACGAUCCAAGUCAUCGAAAUACUUCAGCAUUCCCCGGAUGACGCCAUAUCAGGCAUACCACAUCUGCCUGGCUCCUUCCGGCGUUAUGUCAUCGUGGACUAUACACUCCUUUUCCGGAAGUCAGAGUAUAUCAGAAAGGUAUCCUUGAAAUCACUCAAAGAUCUUUUCUCCAAGAUUUCGGAAUGGGCGGUACCGCUUCACACCCUGCCACCUCUCGCGAGUCAACCCACGGGAUCAAGCACCCCAGAGGACGAGCAUGAGAAAGAGACCUUCUUCGAGAAGAUUAGAGCGCCUUUUCAUCGACAACGAUACGAGUACGAAGAACUACCCACACAGUACACCUUCCGUUUAGUUAAGGUCCUCACCUCUCGUCCAUACGUAACCUGUGAGAUCACAACAUUCCACCUAAGCGACCCACCGCCCUUCCAAGCCCUCAGCUAUUGCUGGGGAAAAUACGGCCAGACCUCCGAUAUCUGGUGCAACGGCCGCUUGUUUAAGGUGUCUUCCAACCUGAAGAAAGGACUACAACGACUGGACAAGUAUGGCGCCUGGUCUCGAGUAAGGUAUUUCUGGAUAGACCAGAUAUGCAUCAACCAGAAAGACUUCGCAGAGCGGACCCAGCAAGUUCGCCUUAUGCGAGCGAUCUAUCAACGGGCUCAGAAUACCGUAAUCUGGUUAGGCCCAGACGACGGGAACACGCGAGAUGCUUUCUCUCUUACGACCGAUAUAUACCAGUACUCUCUAGGUACAGCAGCGAAGAAUGAACACGUAGUUAUUGGUCAAAGGCUGCCAACAUCUAUCGAACUACCUUCGGAGGAAGACAAGAGAUGGGCGGGUCUUUCUCGAUUCCUAGAACUCGCGUGGUUCGAGCGUUGCUGGAUAAUUCAAGAAGUCGUCGUCUCGAAGGGCGACCCAGUGAUCCUCUGCGGUGGAUUUCAGAUGCUCUGGUCACGCUUUCAGGACGCGAUGAUGUGGCUAAUGAAACAUAACGCUGGAUAUCGCACAGAUCGGAUGAAGCUCAUCAACAGUAUAUUCGAACUAUCGUCGACGAGAGAUGUCUGGGAACUGCAAUCGCUGCUUCACUCCACGAGAUCUUUCCAAGCCACGGAUCCAAGAGACAAAGUAUUCGCGCUCUUCGGUCUCUCAGGAGAGUCAAGAACGCCUGAUUCCUGGCCAAAAGCUCUGCUGCCAAACUACGGUCGUUCUACAAGAGACGUCUAUACGGAAGUCACAUUAUAUUGCAUUCAGAGGACCAGGACACUUACUAUCCUCUCCCAAGUUGACAACGAGCCCGGAGACGACAUGGAAUAUCCUUCUUGGGUUCCCCGAUGGGAUGUUCGACAUUCUGCUGGCAGCCUCAGCGCGUAUGCGGUCGUUCGGUCUGCAACCGAUUGCAAGUUCCUAACCGAAAGGUUCAACUCGGCGUCAAAAGACUUACCGGUCUCUCGAGACUCGUAUACACCGUCAGAUGUCCUGCGCUUAGAGGGAAUCCGUAUCAGUACUGUACAGUCAUGCUUGCCGGCCAUGCUUCCCGAUCAAACUGCAGAUUCUUCGAUCUCACCUAAUGCUCCUUCCCAUACCGAUCUGCCGAAGAAGAUACCGGAGCUGUACGAAAUGUGCAGGUCUCACCUCAGUCAUCUCACCCCCGAAGACUUCUCCCGGACAUUCCUCCUCGUCACAACAGCUGGCCUGACGGUAGAGCAGGAAAACGCAAGACAUGAAUCCAUAGCGCAUUUUCGUGCUUUUCUCUCCUCAACUGCACCCAAGACGCCAGAGUCAGAGCACGACGGUGAUUCUAUGUAUAGCCUGAGUGCAGCGCUGAAGUCGAGUCUCAGCGUAUCUACUUUGAAUCCCGCCGUAUCACCACCUCGAUCAACCGACACCUUGCGGACACCAUUCUAUCGAUCUCGCUCUUCACCGUCGACGCUUUCGUCUCUAUCCGCGGAAGAUCAAGCUGAUCCCACCCGGUAUACGUCCGCGUUAGCUCCCCUUCUUCAUCGGCGACUCUUCAUCACUUCUUCCGGUCACCUCGGGCUCGGUCCGUCCAGCAUGAUGUCUGGCGAUGUCAUGGUUGUACUAUUUGGAGGUAAAGUUCCGUUCGUUUUGAGAGCAGUAGCAGAGGAUCAGUGGAAGCUCGUCGGAGAGUGCUAUGUUGACGGUUUCAUGGAGGGUGAGGCAAUUGACUCAAGACAACGGAAUGCUGCAAAAAGAGACCUGGGCACUGAAUGGUUCGAUUUAGUCUGA